CUUGUGGCCUAGAUAAUGAAACAGUGGUCUGAGUCACUUCCUUCUUUAUUCCAUCUCUUUUUUUUUUUCUACGCCAUAAAAUUCAGAGCAGGAAAGCCGUUCUGCAUUCGCAUUCACAAAGUCACAAAGGGGACGGUCACCCACACAUUUCAAAGAUUUAUUUGUUGUCCUUUUUAUGUGCAAGAGCUUCUAACUGACUGGUCAAAUAUAAGCAGCAUACUGGACUCACAGUCAUCCAAGGGUGGUGUUUCUCCACACUUAGGAGGACGGGACGAGAGACCACCCACUCUCAAAUCCAGUUCAGGCGCAUCGUCGCCCAUUCCUAACAAUCGAUGGGUUCCACCCAGCAGUGCUCCAAGGGAUGUCAAAUCCCAAGACAAAAAUGACCAAAUUUUUCGAAGAGUUAGAGGUAUCCUUAACAAACUUACCCCAGAAAAAUUUGACAAGCUGAGCUUAGAACUUCUCAAUGUAGGCAUUGAAACACAAGUUAUCCUUAAAGGCAUUAUUCUCCUGAUUUUUGAAAAAGCUCUAGAAGAACCCAAGUACAGUUCCUUGUAUGCUCAACUGUGCCAUAGAUUAUGUGAAGAUUCUCCUAACUUUGACCCCCCCUCCAAUAAUAACGUCACAACUUUCCGGCGGCUCUUGUUAAACAAGUGCCAAGAUGAGUUCGAGAAUCGAUCUCAUGCAACUGAAGCAUUUGACAAGAAAGAUGUUGCUCUUACAGAGGAGGAAUGUGAGCAGUACCACAUUGUCAAAAAGAAAAUGCUUGGGAACAUCAAGUUCAUUGGGGAACUUGGCAAAUUGGACAUGUUGCAUGAGGGGAUUCUACACAAGUGCAUCAAGCAACUGCUGGAGAAGAAAAAAAAUGCACAGCUUAAAGAUAUGUCGGAGGACCUCGAGUGCCUGUGUCAGAUAAUGCGCACCAUUGGCCCGCGCAUAGAUCUCCCUAAAGCUCGGGCAUGGAUGGAUCAGUACUUUGAGCGAAUCAAUCAGUUUGCUGCAAACAGCGAACUUCCUUCGCGCAUUCGUUUUAUGCUUCAGGACGUUAUUGAACUUCGAGAAAAUGAUUGGAAGCCACGCAAAAUUGCUUCAGAAACAGGACCCAAGACCAUAACACAGAUUAGAGAAGAAGCUAGUGUCAAUGGUCGUGGUAAUCAGACCAACCAAUCAUUGCUUCAGUCACGGAUAAUGAACAUGCCUAACAUACCAGGAGGGAAUUGGAAAGGGGGUAUUGGAGGAGACUUGUUUAGCAUGCCUGUUGGAUCUAUAGCUAAUUCAAUAGGUGUUGGACCAGGAGUCAUUCAGGUGGAUCCCUUCACUGCCAUGCCUAAUACCUUUAAUAAUGGCAUGAACAGGAACAGGUUUAAUCAGAAUCCCAGUUACCAGAAUAACUUCCAGAACAACUUCAACAACAAAGGACGUGGCAAGCAACAGCAGGAUGGUGGGAGCAACACCAGCCCAAACAAUCAGAGACGCAACAAUCAGGGCUACAACAAUCAGCAGGGUGGUGGUAAUGCAGGUGGAGGCUACAACAAUCAAGCUAACUAUCAAAACAAUCAUUUCCAGCAGACGCAGCAUCAGAAUAAACAAGGAGCAGGUACUAAUCGAGAUUUACCUCCAAGAUUUCAGCGUAUGGCACAGCAGCAGCAGAAUCAACAGCAGAGCCAGUUAGGUUCAAUUACAAAUGGGAUUCACAGUAUGAUGCUGUCUGGUUCUGCUCCUCUGGGAGCCCCCAAUCAGCCAACUCCUUCCAACUCUGCACCAAUCAAUCUUCCUCCUCCAGUGAACGGCAUGAGAGAGGAAGUCAGCCUACGACCAGUGAAGAACUUUAAUAUGUUUAAACCCAAUACUCCUUCAAUGUUGCCUCACUCAGCUCAGGCACAGAACCCUGCUCCUAGAGAGACUGGGUUUGCUGCCAAGAAGAGCAAAGACAUAUCUGAAAUGCUGAAUCCAUUGCUGGACAAACAGCAACAGCAACAAAACCAGCCAGCUGUUACCAAACAAAUCAAAGAGGACAAAACUAAAUCUCCAGUUAAGGAAAAAUUAACAAAGGAAAAAAUAAAAGAGAAAUUGACUAACUUGUUGGCUGAAGUCUAUGUGAGUCAUAGUCUAAAUGAUGCAGUGGCAGAGAUGAAAGAAAUGAAUGUGUCUGGAAAGAUGAUUCCUGAUCUCUUGGCUACUAUCAUGCAGAAUGCCUUAGACAAAUCAGAAGCUAUACAGGAAGUUUCAAUGAACUUGAUAGAUGAACUGAAGUCUGAAAAUGUUAUAACAUCAGAUCAGUUUAUGGAGGGUUUCAAACAAGUUUGUAACAGAAUGAGUGACCUGGAGACUGAUGUGCCUCUUGUCAAAUCUAUCAUGGCACGUUUUGGUGCCACUGCAGUCACUCUAGGUCUGGUGACACUUACUGAUCUAGCAGAACCAUUUGAAGGAGGUGUCCACUAUCCUUUAUUUCUUCUGUGUUUACAAAACAUACAUAAGAUGAAGGAUAAAGAAUGGCUGUUUGAUACAGUCAACAGAAACAAAAUUGACUUACAGAAGAUGCUUCCUGAACUAGAUCAGAACAAGGAGAGGUUAAUGGAGAUUCUGGAAGAUCGUGGUUUGAGCUUUAUGUUCCCACUACUUCGCAUUCAAGCUGAGUUGAGCAAACAGAUUGCUGCAGAGCCCUCUGCCACUGCUCUGUAUAAAUGGGUGAAAGACAAAGUGGAAGUUCACCUCCAGACUGAUCCUGGAUUCAUCCAUGUCCUAGUCACAAGUAUUCUCAAGUAUAUAACCAAUGAAAGUACCCUAAAGCCUGGUACUGACAUUACUGUUACACCAGAAAAGGCUCUUAUGGAAAAAGAAAAGGAACUCCUUGAUCAACUCAAGGGUGUUCUCCAACUUUAUUUACAAGAUCAUGCCAGCUUACAAAUGGCUGCCUUGUAUGCUGUCCAAGUCUUUUGUCAUUCUAACAACUUUCCCAAAGGAAUGUUCCUCCGUUUCUUUGUCAAUCUGUAUGACAUGGAAGUGGUUGAUGAAGAUGUUUAUCUGCGAUGGAAAGAAGAAGUUAAUGACCAGUAUCCUGGGAAAGGAAAAGCAUUGUUUCAGGUGAACCAGUGGUUGAACUGGCUGCAGACAGCUGACAAUGAGGAGGAAGAAUCUGAGGAAGAAAACUAAUUCUACCAGGCAUUCAGUGCCACCUACACAUUGAUUCAUAAUAGUGGCAUGCAGUGUUUUGCCUUACCUGGAAAACUAAUCUUUUACAAAAACAUACACUUUAGUAGAAACUUUAGACUGUGAAGCAACCUAGAGUUUAAAAUAAAACAUUUUCUAGCCUAUGGAAGUGAUACAGCCAUACCAGCAACUGUUGAAUGAAAGUCUUAUCUUAUUGGUCAAAGAACUUGUUACACAGUAUUUGUUUCCUGUACUGCCACUUCACUGUGUGGCCAUGCCAGCUGGAGAUGGUUGGUGCUUGUGGAUUAGUAGUGACAGUGGCCAGAUCUGACAUGAUGGAAGGCAACUGGAGUUUCAGCGCCCUCCAUUUCCUUGAGAUGUUUUCACUGCAUGUCUACACUAACAACUUUUUACUUUCCCACUAAUUGAAAUGUUCAUUGGUUGUCAUUUUGUUCUAUUUGAAUGUAAUUAGUUGCUCUAUCUAUCGGGUGGAUGGCUUUGAAUGGUGCAUGACAUUUUGUCACUCUUAGUACAGAUAUUAACACUAGCAACGUAUGUUGAUGGGUAAUGUUCUAUUCAGCCAGGUAUAUUGGUAGCAAGAGGGUUAACUCUGUAUUACUGUUUUUAAAAGAGAAUGUUUUAUUGAUUUGUUCAUGUUUGUGUAGAGUUCCUAGUUGAUUUGAUGAAUGUCUGCAACAUUUCUAGAGAUGUAGUCAGUUCUUAUGUAUCCCAGACAUUUAGUGUAGGGCAGAGUUGAGUUUCUGCCUAUAACUACACUGUGGUAUUUCUACACCAUAGCUUCAUCAUUUAGUAACCUAGCCCAGCUCUCAGUCAACUUCGGGCAUUGACCUUUCAGGUCUCACUUGUGCAAAAGAUAAGUCACUCUUACUGCCUUUUUUUUUCUUUUUAGAUGUGCAUAUUUGCGUUCUAGCAGAUAACUUUCUCUCACAAGUCAUGACAAAUAGCACUAGCCUAUACACUCUUUUUAGUUAUGCUUUCAAUGUUUUCAAUUGUGUUUUUGCAUUCAUCUUACUUGGUGUAGCUAGGUUUUUGUGGAAUUCAGUUUGUUGAUUUUAAUCUUUCCAGUACAUAGUCAAUUUUUAACUUCUUGUAUUUUAGUAGUCUCUAUUUUUGUUCAAUGUGUUGCAGCUCAUAUUGUACAUGUUCUAGAGUUGGGGUUUGGAAGCUUGCAAUCACAUUUUUUGUAUUUUUUUUUCAUUUAGUGAAAUGAGUUUUUGUAGACUUGUCAGUGUGUGUACUUGUCAAUAUUUUUACUUCUAUCUAGAGUUGUCAGUGUGUGUACUUGUUGUCAAUAUUUUUACUUCUAUCUAUAGAGUUGUCUGUGUCUUAUUUUACAUGUAGUCAGCCUGUUCUUGUUUGUAUGUAAAGUUGUCAGCCAGUUCUUGUUUGUAUGUAGAGUGGUUAGCCUGUUCUUGUUUGUAUUUAAAGCCAGUUCUUGUUUGCAUGUAAAGUUGUUAGCCUGUUUAGUGUGUGUAUAUAUCUAUUCCUCAUCUGUGUGGUUAGAAUUGUGUGCAGUUGUCAUUAGAAGUUUGUGUCUAUUUGUUUCAACGUCUACAGUAGUCAUGAAGUUGUCACUUUGUUUAGUUAGCUGUCAGUUGGUGUAGCUGUUUGGAAAAGAGUUUUUAAACUUUCAUUUUCUAUUCACAUUGAAACUUGUAUGACUUUGUAUUAAAAACUUGUGUAUAGUC